GGAAGCGCACACACGCGCGCGAGUGAAGAAAAAAAGGCGCGCGCUAUUCCACGGCGAUCUUUUCUCCCGUCGUUGUUCUUGUUCUUCGCCAAGAAGACGCCGCCCUAAAAUAGCGUCACUUUUGGCCUUCGCUUUAGUGAACGUUUUUGUCGCCGCAGUCUUUUAUUCGAACCCGCAAAGUGUUUGUGUCGCCAAAGUGGAUUUAGUUUCUGCUGUGUGUGCCUUAUUGUGUUUAGAACGGAUUCCUGCCCUGCUUCAUGGCUGCAUCUUUCUGGCGAAAGCAACAAGAAACCGCCGACCAAGACGCCAAUGACCUUCAUGAAUGUAGCAGGAUCCCUGAAAGCCUAGCGACGCAGCAGCAACAGCAGCAUCAACGAGCGCCGGCAGAAUCGUAUAGAAAGGCCAUCGAAAACGAAGAAGAAGAAGGUGGCGGCGAAGAACGACCCAGACAGAACCGGCUGGCAAGCGCAAGAAACCCAGCGAUCCUCGAUGCGCUCGACUCCCUUCAUCGGUCGCUGCUGUUCAGUAAUCUAAAGUUUGAUACCGCUGAAAAGGAACAGACUUUAGAUGCGGGUUGCCUCUCACAAGAUAGCGUAAAGGAGCAGCCAGCAGCAGCCCAAUCGUGUAUAGUACUCCAAUCCCGGCCACUUGAUCCGACGAUUGCGAAGGUAAAUAUUGCCCAAGGAACCAGCGCAACGGCAUCGUUUCAAUCGACGAAUGCACCGGAAACGAAGUGCUCGGAGUGGAGUGGCACUAGGAUAUCCGAUUCCGUCGAUACGGAUGACGACACCGUAGAUUGGAAGCAGGAAUCGUCGUCUGAUGGUGGUCCGGAUCCUAAUAAUAACACAAGUGGAAACCGAGUCAAGAUGAUGGUCCAGAAGUACGACAAAGGCAAAGCGGGAGCACGUGCCGUGGUUUGCGCUAGCGAUCAUCAUCCCGAUGCGCACUGCAUAGUCAAAGUGAAUCCGGGCGAUCGAUUACGUUCCAGCGUUGGUUUCGAGGGAGAGACGAGUGAUUUCGAGAGUGCCAGCGUAACCAGCGGGAGCAGUAUGGCAGCGGAUGAUGUUGGAAGACGCAGCGUGCGGACUAGUUCGGCUUUCAGCGAAGGCAGCCGCGAUGUGGCCAGUAUCGAUCGCUUUGAUAUGGGGAUGGUGGAGCAAGCAGGAAUUGAACAUAGAAAUGCCCCGGCGGCGACGGCGGCGGCUGCUGCGGCUGGCCAUAGCACAAAGAUUACCAUUAAUAUUAACUGUCGUUGUGAUACUGAUCCUCGCAGGACGAGCAAAGCUACGGCCGGAGGAGAGGAGGAAGCGAACAAAGAGAAUGUACAUACGAACCGGUGCUCGGGGGCACACCAUGCGCAAUCAACGAAAUUGUCCCGAACUGAGUUCGAAAAGGCGCAAUCCGUGAAACAGCGCAAGAGCAAUGAGACGAAGCCGGCACUACCGAAGGCGUCACCGACAGUCCAGCUCGAUGGUGUCGAGGACGAAACGGAAAAUGAAGAACUAAUGGUACUGGAAAACGGUGAGCAGGAGGAGGACUCUUCGGAGGGGGGCUUUGAUGUAAUGGACCAAGCGGAACCGAGCGAUGAAGCCCUGCACAACACCGAUCGCCAUCGCUAUUCGGCGGGUAGUGGUCGAUACUGUCAGUCGCCCGAGGACGAAGAGUAUCUGGACUGUGAUGAACUACGCAACGAAUCCACACUUUCCUUUUACGAGGAAGCAACGUCGCAACCGGUGACGCCACAAGAUCCGGCGAAGCGAAGUUCCACAACUGGAAGCCAUAAGGAAGCGGAAGACGAUGAUAAGCCGAUGAUCAGCAUCGUGCAGGAGCUAGCGGAGGAUCAGCGUGAGGUCAUGUCGACCAUAACACUAAACAAGGCACAAAUCAAGGCGAUGCAGGAGUACAAUGACAAGCUGGCGAUGACCAAGUCGAAUCCGGAUGAAGAGGAAAAACCAGAGAAAAGAAGGAAAUCUUACGAGGGCACGAAAAAACGGCAUGGAAAGGUGAAUUUUAAUCGUCAGCAGCGCAUAAUGGAUGAUAAUUUCUGCAACGAAGUACUCGACUCAGCCAUCCAUUUUGAUCGGUUGUACGGUCUCAAUCACGCUACCCACAAGUCUUCAGCGAUGGAAGGAGACGAGGAAUCGUUGCCAACAUCCUCUCCUACGGGUGAUCCGGCGAGAGAAGAGUGUUUCAGUGAUCCGGGGCUUUGUGGUAGUGGUCUUACUUCACCCGGUGAAGAGUCCUUCGAUUCUAGCGUUUCGUUGGGGAAACUCGAGGGAAAGGCACGCUAUUCAGGCAGAACGGUUGGUCGGUUGAUGCUGGCACGUUUGAAGAAGCUUCAUCACCAGGCUAUUGGGUCUGCUAAGCCGGGACGUGGCAACAACAACGUAGCCGGGUCGGAAGUGUCCACUAGUUCGUCACUACUGCACACGAGUGGACCGAAGAAACCUCCACGAACGUUUGCUGACUCUCCGAAGAGAUCGUCUACCACUACACGCAAACAGGAAGCUUCUGCUCCUAUCGUCGCGCCGUCAUGUCCUAAGCGAGAGGAUCUCGAUGGGAGUGAUCCAUUAAAUGGCCACAUCGGUUGGAAGGUGGACCAACAAGGCCAUUCUCGCCCAAAAUCGCACCAAGUCGGAUGGACAGUACCGGCGGUUUCGGAAGCAAAAAACCAAUCCAUUCCCGAACAGGUUUACAACAUGCUACACUACUCGGAAGAUGAAAGCCGAAAGCAGCUAAUCCGGAAGGGCAAUUCUAAAGCGGUUCCACAACAACAAUCCACAUCGGCUGGUGGUGCGAAAGGAAGCCGCACGGUAGCUAAUGCCGCGGAAUCGAAACUCGGUCCUCGGCUAUACAUUGAUACGGUAGAUGGUGUUGGUAAUGUCAAAAAUGGCGAGCCAAAAACACCACCGCACCGGCGUCACUCCUCUUCCACUGACUUUGAACGUUUCGCCAGAGAAUCCAACGUGAAAAGCACCCCACAUCGACGUGAACAGCGCGAAGGUAUGCAAACCAGUAUCUCCAGUGCAACCACUCGCCGUAUUUUAGAGGAAUUUUUGAACGAAGAGCGUGCCGCACAGUACGCUGCAGCAGCAUCUCACCGAGGAAAGCUGAAUGUAGGUGAGCGUAGACGUCGCACGACGGGCGGCAUAUUCGAGCGGCGACGAUUGCAGCAGGAGAAUUUUUUAGACGAUGCCAGGCGCACGAACCAUGAACCGCGGCGAAAGAUGCGCAAAUCGGCGCCUGCGGCCCCGACGACUUCACACCGUCACACUCCUCCUAAUGUCGUCGAUGGUCCAGUUCUGCAGCGUGCCUCCAGUCGCUCAAGCGUUGCUACGGCGGGGAAGAUCGCAAAACGCCGAACAUUCCGUAAGGCGGUUCCUCUGUUGAAACACACGCGCUCAAUAUUCGAGGCAUCCAAGAAGAAAAUUUUGGCCAUCAAGAAAUUUGAGACACCCAAAAAGUCUAACAACGUUCCGCCGGUCGAUGAGUGGGAUGGCCCGAGUAUGCCUCACGAUCCGAACAUCAAUCGGAACAGCUCGGUCAAGAAGAAGCAUGCCCUGCAUCACAAACACCUGGGCUACACGCCGGAUAACUUACGCUGCAAAUCAUGCUGUCGGUCAGUCCAGACGGAACAGUUCCUUAACGAAGAAAGAAUAGCGCCACCGAAGCGGAUUGCAAAUGUCCAUGCGGUUGUCGCGGGAUCGAGUAGGGCACGAGGCGGCGAGGUUGCUAAGGAAAAUCGGUUUCCAGCGAACGGAACUGCGGAGUUGAAUCGAAAAUCUGCUCGCAGUUUGAAUUUUGCCUCGGCUCCACCACCAAGGCGUCAACGGGAGCAACAGCAACAGCAGCCGCCGCCGCAGUCGCAGCAACGUCGCAGAACUGCUUCACCGAAUGAACGAUCGGACGAGGCGGCACCUUCACCGUCUCCCCCGAAGGUCACCAAAUCGUUAAAUGACCGAAAGUUUAUGAAGUCUUUACGAAAUCUCAAAAUAUCCCCUCGAAAGUUUUUCCGCUUCGCGUCUAGUGUCGACGCGACAACCAGCCAGCAGUGUGCGACAGUAAGCAGUAAGGAAGCAACGGCGAGUCAUGGACUCGGUGAAUUUCACUCCUUCGACGAUCUAAAUCUCGACAGCGUGGCCCAUAUGGGAGAUUUCCUAAGCAACAUUCGACAGAUCGUCGAGCGACCGGCGACGAAUGGCGUGGAUCGAGGUUCUCCUGGCAGCCACCUGGCUAGUACGAUCGACGGGGAACCGAUCUACCAAGAAAUAUCCCCCAAGAAGGGCAACAAAAUGGUGCUGAACGAAUUCAUUAGUAGCGAAACGAACAAACGCUAUCUGAUGGUAAACAAUGAUCCCAACAUAUUGUACGCGACGGUCAGUAAACCGACGGUACGUGACCGAGCAACGCUACCGAGGGCUAGGUCAUUGACGGACGUAACGGGGACGGGUGUGUCGGACCCCGUUGAAACCUCAACACCAGUGAGAAAACCUCUUAACAAUAUCUGCAAAAGUCAGGUUAAACCCACCAACCGUCAGCGGGUUAGUCUUUCCCCGCGCACUGCAAUACGGCGUGCUAGUCCACAGCGAUCACUGGACAGUAGCCGGGACAGCGAGACUACCGAGGACGGUGAAGAGGAGGAGCUGGAGAACGAUGCAAGUCAUCUGUACCGAACGGCUUUGACGGGCACUAGCUACCGUUCUUGUGACAAUGGUCGCAGCCGACGAUCUACUAGCACUACCUCCAACAGCACGCGACGCUCUCUGUUUAGUCCGGACAAGUCUUUCCGUUCGCCGCGACACGUAACUGAUGAUGAUGACCAUGAUAUUUCGGUUUUGCAGCUAGAACAGGAUCGUGCUGUUCCACAGCAGCAAAACGGACUAAUAGACCAACAGGUGCAAGAAUCGCUUAUCGUUCGGGAACGAGCCGAAGAACGAUACUCUGCCGUUCGAUUGGAACACGAGCGAUUCCAGCAGCAACCAUUGCAUAGGCUUAAUCGUAACGGGUCGGGUGUACGUCGGCUUACCCCUAGGGCAGACAGCGAACAAAGCUUUGCAUUUGAGAAGGACAUCAUUGUCGAGGUAGACUAUAUGGGUAAUACAUUGAGUACUGGCGAGAGCGAGAGCCAACUUUCCGGGGGCUUUCGAAAUUCUUCUGGAGGACGUAAAACAACGAACAAAAUAGCGCCAAUUGGUAGUUUCGAUACGGAUGGCGAGAUCGAAUCCCUGCACCGCUACCAGGAUCAGGAGAUUAGCGAACUCGUGAGUUCGUUGCACAACAAUGUAACACUGUCCGACAUCGGUACACUGGAAACGGGAAGCUCGGUGGCUGGUGAAGAGUCCGUUGGCUACGAUACAGUCGAUUUCGUGGUCCCUUCGUGUAGCCAUCAACAGCAGCAACACAUGAGCGCUCGGUUUGAAGGAACGGGAAUUUCGGAAGAGCUACCGAAAAAUGAUCCACGAAAUUUGACAGUCAACACAGAGGAUGCAUCAAAGCUGAUCAGUCAGGUGGAUAAUGAUAGCACAUACUACACCUCCCAUCCCUCACCACCAAUGAUGGGCUCACCGUCAAGUGGCAAACAUUCGUCCUCCUCCACCUCUUCCGGAGCGGCUGUUAUGCGCAACUUGAAGGAGAAGCUACGUGCUUCGUUCCGCAAGAGCAAAAGUUUCAUCAAAACGGAACGCCAGCGCAUUACGGCCCUGAUUCGCGAGGAACGUACCGGUGACAGUAAAUACUCCUCCUCAUCAUCCUGCUCCUCGUCGUCCACCUCACCACGACGCCAGCAGCAGGAACGCCACGAAGCAGAUACGGAUGAUACUACCUAUCGAUCGCUAGCUCCGGAUGAUUCACAGGCAUGCAUUGCUGCGGGAUCAGUUACGGAACUGAGCAACCGGUAUAUGGCUAAGCUGAUGGCACAAGUUCAACAGCAGCGCGAUGCCCAGAAACAGCUGAAGCAGGCACUUGCGAUAUGCCGUACGACACGCGAGUUCGAAUGCUCAACCGAGCUGAUCGAAGCGGAACGCUUGCUACUGCUGGCCACACUGAAGGAAACGGCCGCGCGGAAUGUGCUGAAUAACAUCGAUUACGCGACCAACGGGUUGACACUUGCCGAUCGUAAACGUGUCGGUAGGGUGGCGUUAAAUCAUUUCGAGUUUCCGCUCAAGGAGACCGCUCUCGCCGAUACGCUAUUCAACUACUUCUAUAUCGUCGUGUGUACGUACAAGAACGAGGUAAAGGCAACGUCUGCUAGAGAACGUCGCACUGAUGGGCGUGUGUGUUUCCGGGACUGUGAGAUUGAGUUCCAGGAUCUGGACGCGGAUUACGAGAUACACGCUGAGGUGUUUGUGCUGCGUUUGAGAAAGAAUGCGAAGAACAUUAGCUUCGAAAAUCGAUACCAGCUGGACAAGGAUUCGAAAAAUACAGCCACAUGCCCAUCCCCCUCGAAGUUCCGCCGAGCCGGUAAAAUGCUGUCAUUCCGUUCCAGUUUGCCGAAAAAUUUCGAUUUUGAUAAUGAAUUGUCGCGCUUUAAGUCGCAAGGCUACCUGACGCUCACCUCGUCCACGCUCGCCGCAGCUAACGUUGUCGACGUAGGUGGGGAAGAGGAAGCAAGAACACCGUCACCACUCGGACAAACGAUCGAUGGGACUUACCUUACAGCGGUUACGAACCAAUCGGCAGAUAUGACGACCUCUUCCGUGCUGAUCACAGGAGUUGAAACGACCAACAACCCAUAUUAUUCCGUAUCGAGCAACUUUCAGCGAAUGGUACGCCGCCAGGGAAGCCACAAUGUAUUCCUGGUGGAGGAUUUUAAGUAUUUGGCGUUCGAUUCGAUGGCAUACAGCUCGAACAUGACCGGCACAAUCGGAAUGAGCAUUGCCAGCGAGGUGCACUUUGAGAGCUCGGAGGUUAGUGGCUUCUUGGAUGUGGGUUCGAAAGUUAACGAUCAGAUCAGCUGGAAUCGUCGCUGGUGCAAGAUGAACGGUUUUACGAUGGAGUUCUGGAACUAUCCGCAGGAGUGCCAUGAAAAGCAACCUGUACUGUGCAUCGAUCUAGUGCGCUGCCUCAACGAACGGAUUGAGUUAGCCGAUCGCUCAAUAUGUUCACGAACGCGAACUAUGAAGAUUGAUAUUUUCGCAGCCAAGGCAGCUGGGUCAGGAAUGAGCUGCAGCAGCAGCGGUAUCGGGAGCUACAGAAGCACCGGUGGCACCUCUACUACCAGCCCCAGCUCAGACCGUAGUAACGUGUCGUACCAUCUGCUUGCAGCGGACUCGCAAACAGAACUUAACCGUUGGAUGCACGAGCUGAAUCGAGUGGUGAAGUUCUUGAAGGAAUGGAAAAUUUAAUGCCCACAUGGCGAUCUCUCCCUUAUGUUGCCGUGGUGCGUGCGUGCAAUAUUAGAGAUCAUUCAAUACACUCCUGAAGGUUAAUGCAUCGCGGUGUUUUAGAGUGCCUUUGUUUUAUAUAUAGAACGACAGCCUAAACAAGAUUUCAUUAGUAACCUAUACAUCGGUGGUAGGACCAUUCUAGUGUCCCCUCCACUCAAACUAAGACUGUGCUCGGUUGCAAUCGUUAGGUCGGCUGCCAUAUGUCCUGUGGUGCAGGACGCCGCAACGACGACGACGAUUUAUUGAUUUUAAGAUGUUAGGCUACUUCCUUUCUUUUGCGCUUCAUUUCCAUCGUUAAUUUAAUGUUUGUAAAAAAGAUGAUUUGGCAUGAUUUAUGCGCUCACAUUCCUGAAAUUGUCACGUUUUUUAGUAUUAUAAGGUUGGUGGCAGAAGCUUCUCAAAACGAAUAAGAAUACGAAUAGCUUGCUUCGUUCAUUACCCGUGAAAUACUAGAUGCUUGGAUUUCUCAUCAUAAAUCAUUCCGAUGUAGAUCGAUCUCAUCGCUUAUGAGUAAGGGUAUGCAAGAACAUAGAAAUAGGAUUCGCUACUGAAGCGCUGCUCUGCUGCCACCAACCAGAACUAGUGAAUUGUAGUUAGUGAGCCAUUGAAUUCAAAGUUGAAUAUACAGGUCAGUCAGGUCGGUGAAGGACUUUGAAGUCAUUAAAGGAAUUCCUGUGUCCUGUUCUCAUAGGUUAUUGUUAUUAAUGGUCAGGUUACAUCUUUCUAAAUCAUUGGUUUGGAAGAAAUCUCGUUGUAGUGACGAAAUAAAAUCAACAAGACUUGCGGACAUUCGUUUCGUCCGUUAAAUCCGAUGCUUUUAUUUU